CACAUCCUCCAUGACCUCUCCGAAGGCUUCCCUUCUCCGGGACCCCACCUGGCGUACAACCGAGCCGGGCCAAGAAAGCAGAUAUACUUCAAGCCCGGUCACGUGCGGGCGGGCAUAGUCACCUGCGGUGGGCUGUGCCCCGGGAUGAACACGGUGAUCAGGGAGCUGGUGGUGGGGCUGUGGGAGUUAUACGGUGUGCGUGAGAUCUUCGGCGUGCGGGCGGGUUACAGGGGGUUUUAUUCGAGUGAGCCUGUGGAGUUGAACCCUAAAUCUGUUCAUGGCUGGCAUAGAAAUGGCGGCACUGUGCUUGAGACUUCCAGGGGCGGGUUUGACCUUGAAAAGAUUGUGAAUGCCAUUGAGAAUCGUGGAUUCAACCAGGUAUACAUCAUAGGUGGGGACGGUACUAUGCGCGGGAUGUUAGAGAUAUUCAAUGAGAUCAAGCGCCGGAAAUUGAACAUUGUAGUAGCCGGGAUUCCUAAAACAGUGGACAACGACAUUGGCAUCAUAGACAAAUCAUUUGGGUUUCAGACAGCUGUAGAGAUGGCUCAGCAAGCAAUCAAUGCAGCCCACACAGAAGCAGAGAGUGCUGUGAAUGGCAUAGGUUUGGUUAAGCUCAUGGGCCGCAGCACUGGCCACAUUGCCCUCCAUGCAACAUUGAGCAGCCGGGAUGUGGAUUGCUGUUUGAUCCCGGAGAACGAUUUUUACUUAGAAGGAAAAGGUGGACUAUUUGAAUUUCUUGAGAAGCGGCUAAAAGAUAACGGCCAUGCCGUUGUGGUAGUGGCUGAGGGUGCAGGGCAGGACAUUAUACCUAAAUCUGAUCAAUCCCAUGUAGCAGAGAAGGAUGAAUCAGGGAAUCCGGUUUUCUUGGAUGUGGGUGGAUGGCUGAAAUCAGAACUGAAGAAGUGGUGGGAUAGGGAUCAUCCCAAAGAGUUGUUCGCAGUGAAAUACAUCGAUCCAACAUAUAUGAUACGGGCCGUCCCGGCCAAUGCAACAGAUAACUUGUAUUGUACUCUCUUGGCUCACUCUGCUAUUCAUGGUGCAAUGGCUGGAUACACAGGGUUUGUUUGUGGUCCGAUCAAUGGGAACUACGCAUAUAUUCCGGUGAAGGAGGUGGCUCGAGCAAAGAAUCCAGUCAAUACAAGAGAUCACAAGUGGGCAUGGGUUAGGUCUAUCACCAAUCAGCCUGAUUUCAGUAGAGGCUAGCGGACGACCCUAUCAAAGAUUGCAUUCCCAUGAUAAUUGAUGCAAGCAAAAAGUGUAAGAAUUACAAAAGCGAUGUCCCUUCUUGUAAUAUGUAAUGCUUGCUUCUAUACAAUUCUGCAGUUAAAAGGGAAUAAAGAGGACUUACCAUCA